AUGGCCGGGCCCGCGGGAGCAGUGGCGGAGGCUGCCGGGGGCGCACCGCGAAGCCCCCGCGCCUAUGCGCGCCGCUGGGUCUUCCUGCUGGUGGUCAGCUUGCUGAGCUGCUCCAACGCCACGCUCUGGCUCAGCUUCGCCCCAGUUGCAGACAUCAUUGCCCAGCACUUCCUCCUGUCCAUGGCACAGGUUGGCUGGCUCUCGCUGAUCUACCUGGUGGUGUCCAUCCCAUUUGGCAUCUUGGCCAUCUGGGUCCUAGACUCUGUGGGGCUCCGAGGGGCGACCAUCCUGGGUGCAUGGCUGAACUUUGCUGGGAGUAUGCUCCGCGCCCUUCCCUGUGUGGCUGCCUGGGUCCCCAACACAUUUGCCUUCUUCAUGGGUGGCCAGAGCCUCUGUGCCCUGGCCCAGAACUUGGUAAUCUUCUCUCCAGCCAAGCUGGCCGCCUUGUGGUUCCCAGAGCAUCAGCGAGCCACAGCCAACAUGAUUGCCACUAUGUCAAAUCCCCUGGGCAUCCUUGUGGCCAAUGUGCUGUCACCUGCCCUGGUCAAGAAGGGAGAGGACAUCCCUCUAAUGCUUGGAGUCUACACCAUCCCUGCAGGCCUGGCCUGCCUGCUGGCCACUGUCUGCCUCUGGGAGAGUGUACCCCCCACCCCACCCUCUGUGGGGGCCGCCAGCUCCACCUCGGAGAACUUCCUCCAGGGGCUCAAGCUGCUUCUUCAGAACAAGGCCUAUGUCAUCCUGGCUGUGUGCUUUGGGGGUGGCAUCGGGAUCUUCUCCAGCUUCUCGGCUCUCCUGGAGCAGAUCCUCUGUGCCAGUGGCUACUCCAACGGGUUCUCGGGCCUCUGCGGGGCUCUCUUCAUCGUGUUUGGGAUCCUGGGGGCACUGGUUCUUGGCCUGUAUGUGGAUUGGACCAAGCGCUUCACUGAGGCCACGAAGAUAGGUCUCUGCCUUGCCUCCAUGGCCUGUGUGGCCUUUGCCCUGGUGUCCCGACUGCAGGGGCAAGCCCUUGCAGUGGCUGCCACCUGCUCGCUGUUUGGGUUCUUCGGCUUCUCUGUGGCACCUGUGGCCAUGGAGCUGGCGGUGGAGUGUGCCUUUCCUGUGGGUGAGGGUGCAGCUGCAGGCCUGGUCUUUGUGCUGGGGCAGGCCCAGGGUGUGCUCAUCAUGGUGUUGCUGACGGUGCUGACUGUGCGGCCCGAAGAUCCAUCCUCCUCCACCUGCCAGCAUGGUGAGGACCCGCUGGACUGGACAGUGUCUCUGCUGCUGAUGGCCAGCCUGUGCACCCUCUUCACCUGUGUCUUGGUGCUCUUCUUCCACACCCCAUACCGGCGCCUGCAGGCUGAGUCUGCAGGAGCCCCCUUGCCCUGGACAUGUGCCCCAGAGCUGAGGGCACCACCUGAGGCUCCUGGCUCAGCACCUCCAGCUCACAGGCUGCAGGAACCUCCUGGCCCUGCCUCCUGCCUUCAGGAGCCCAAGGACUCGCGGAGACUGUGAGCAGGGGUGUCUCAUGAAGGGAGGUGGAGAGGCAGUUUCUGGUCACCGGGACUGUGACCACCGGCUCAGGGUUCUUGGCACACCCAGGGCAUGGCAGGAUUUGGCGCUGUGGACCCUGUGCAGACUGUAUGGCUGAAGCAAGAAGAGCUGCUACUGUAUGGACACUGACCAGGGAAGACAGCCCAACACAGGGCAGUGUAGGUUGGUGAGGUGGCCUGGCACAACAGCAGGGGCUGAAGGGGAGCUGGGUAUGAGGGACCUGGAGUGGACAGGUGUGGGCACUUGCUAGAAGGAGCCAAUCCCUGAGCCUCUUCUUCUCUGCUCAGUAUGGGGUGACCACACACUGAGGCUGAUGCUAAGACAGGUGGGCAGGGCUGCCAGCACAGGGGCCCCAGGCCGAUGCAGACUCUCGGGCAGACACUGGCAGGCAGAUGUGUGGGUCCACAUUUAUUGAACUGGACACAACCAGGGCUGAGUAGCCUCACUCCUCCUUCUCCUCCCCAUGGGUGAGCACGUAGCUCAGCGCCUUGUAAUCCAGGUUGCCCGCUGCGUCGAUGGAGGCGAACUCCAGCAUCUGGUCCACCUGAAUGAAGGCGAGUUGGUGGGUGGGGGGUCAGGCCUGGUGGAAUGGGUGGCAAGAGGUCCCCACACCUCAGCCUCCUAGGUGCUCUGGAUUACAGGUGCUGAACUCCA